AUGGGGGCACAACAGGCUGUGGUGGUGGAGCAGCUUUGGAUGAAAGGAAGUGUGGAAAGCGAGAUGGCCAAGGUGAACGAACCAGACGAGAAUGACGUUGAUCCACCUCGUAUAGUCCAUGAUCCAGGUCCUCCUGCUCGAACACGAAAGCGUAGGCGCAGUGGAGGGAGUGCGUUGCUUAAUGUGGCUGGAAAGAAGAAGUGGAAACGCAAUCGAGGUGACGCUAAGAGAGUGCCUACUGGAAACAAGAGCAGUUAUCUUCAGCGCAAGCUCGACUACGUCCUAAAUCACUUGCGGUUGCUUGAAAGCAAUGUUGUAGCUGAAUCUCGACAAGUUCGUUUCGUCGUUGUGGACGAAGAGAGCGGAGCCACAAAUCGCCAGGCGAUUCACACGAUACCAAACUCGGAAGCUCCAGUGACCACAUCUUCUUCAGCUUCUUGUCAACCUCGCAAUCGACCUUUGGAGGUUUUCUUCAACGCCGAUCGAACUACGACUACAACAGCAGAUGCUGUGCUUGCAUCUCGGUCGAUAGGAAUCAGUGGAGCCAACAGCAGAUCGGCUCUGCGACGACAUCCAAUCAUCAGCUUAAGCAUUCAAGGAAGCAACGACAACCUAUUCUGCUUGGCAAGUCUAAUGCUAAAGCUGUAA